ACCUCAGGUGAUCUGCCUGCCUCAACCUUCCAAAGUGCUGGGAUUUCAGGCGUGAACUACCGUGCUUGACCUAUUUAGUUUUUAACAAAUGUCAUUAUCUUCUUAACUUUUGGCCCCCCAAAUAAAUGAGGAAACUGUUAAAAUUGUAUUCAACAAUCCUUGUUCGAUAUUUCCUUUGAUAUUUAAACGUUUACCAGUGUUUAAAAUGAUGCCUUUGGAUUCAGAAGGUUCAAGAAAUUUGUUUUUUAAAGUCAGGAAGCAUCUAAAUAUGGUGUCCUCCGGAAAAAAGUAUUCCAGGAAAUCUGGGAAGCCAUCCAUGGAAGAUCAGUUUACGAGAGCCUAUGACUUUGAGACUGAAGAUAAGAAAGAUCUGAGUGGUUCAGAGGAAGAUGUUAUUGAAGGGAAGACUGCAGUCAUUGAGAAACGUAGGAAGAAAAGGUCUUCUGCAGGAGUAGUUGAAGAUAUGGGGGGUGAAGUACAGAAUAUGCUGGAAGGAGUUGGAGUUGACAUUAACAAGGCUCUUCUUGCCAAGAGAAAGAGACUAGAAAUGUAUACAAAGGCUUCUCUCAAAACUAGUAACCAGAAAAUCGAACAUGUUUGGAAAACACAACAAGAUCAAAGGCAGAAGCUUAACCAAGAAUAUUCUCAGCAGUUUCUGACUUUGUUUCAGCAGUGGGAUUUAGAUAUGCAGAAAGCUGAGGAACAAGAAGAAAAAAUACUUAAUAUGUUUCGACAACAACAAAAGAUUCUUCAACAAUCUAGAAUUGUUCAGAGCCAGAGACUGAAAACAAUUAGACAGUUAUAUGAGCAGUUCAUAAAGAGUAUGGAAGAGUUGGAGAAGAAUCAUGAUAAUCUACUUACUGGGGCACAAAAUGAAUUUAAAAAAGAAAUGGCUAUGUUGCAAAAAAAAAUUAUGAUGGAAACUGUAAGUGAUCAUACUGAAAUUGAAAAAAUAAGGAUUAAUAUAAGCAAUGAAAUAUUUUAUUUGCUGAAAUAGGUAUAACACUUAACUAAAAAUUAAACAAAUGUUUAAUAUCUCCUUCCAUGAAACAGCAGCAGCAAGAGAUAGCAAGUGUUCGGAAGUCUCUUCAAUCCAUGUUAUUCUGAUGACUCUUUGAAGAAAGAACUUGAACCUAAGUAAUAUGAUACAAUUAUAACGUUAGCUAAGAAGCAUAUUGUAAGUCUUUAGAGUAGUUUAAUUGUAACAUCUUUAAUCAUAAACCUGUUUCAUUGUAAGACCUCCCUUUCUGUUAAGUCAAAUCUAAAUAGUUAUAUGAGUUAGCAACUAUUCCUAAAGAAUAUGUAUUAAGCUUUCAGCUCUUUAGUAAUGAUAGGGAAUUUUUCUCUCUAACACUGUCAAUUAAAUAAAGACGAUUUAAGUUUA